AUGAGAGACGGUCAGAGUGCCAGUCAGGCAGCACCAGUGGGUAGUAUAACCCCAGUGGUUGAUGCAGAUACACUUUCCCAGUUUGCUACAUUGGUUGCCCAGAUGAUGAGCGAGACACACAGUAGAGCCUCUACUGUUCGAUCUGAGGAUAUUGAUAGACAUCUUCAGAUAUUUUUGAGAUUGAAACCUCCGAAGUUUGAGGGCACUUUUGAGCUUAGAGCAGCUGAGGAGUGGCUGAGGAGGUUAGAGAAGACUUUUGACGGCAUGCAGUGUCCGUCGGACAGGAAGGUACCUUUGGCAGUAUUUCUGUUAGAUGUGGAAGCAGAGCACUUGUGGGUAGGCCAGCAGGAGGCCAUGUUUCAGAGCAGAUUGAAUUCUUUGAUUUCUUGGGAAGCAUUUUUUGAGGUAUUUCGAGCUUGGUUUGUUCCCCAAUCUGCCGUGCAUCAGUUGCAGGAGAGUUUUCUAAGGCUGGUUCAGGGGAGCAAGACAGUGAUGCAGUAUGAGGCAGAGUUUACGGCCUUUGCCCGAUAUGCUCCACAGCUGAUGAGUACUUCUGCUGAGAAGUGCUACCAAUUUCUAAGGGGACUACAAGAAA